CCGGUCGGGCGGGCGAGCGACGAUUUGGACGUGCGUGCGACAGAUGUCGCAUGCCCAACACAACAUUUUCACCUGAUUGACUGGCUGGUGACAUCUUCCCGCUUCUUCGUCUUCUUCGUUCUCUUCGUCAUCGUCAUGUCUAUUUGGUCAGUGAGCUGAGGUAGUAGGGUUUCGGCCCUUCCGCGUUUCGUUUUCGUAAGUGGAUGAGUCGUAUCGGGGUGUGAAGCAGGAGAAGACGAAUAGGAAGAAGAGCGAAGAACUUCAACGGCGAUAUUUGCGGGGGUAGGUUUCAAAAUAUCGUUAGCGGCUGGAGGCGGCAAUCUUUUCCUGGCCGUUCUUUAUCUGUGUCCGCUCGCCUCGCUGAUGCUUCUUCCAGAGUGCUUGGUAUUAAGCAGGUAGGCACGGAGAGAGGUUUGCUUACUGUCAAGGGAAGGUAACAAGGGAUUUCGGCCGGAAGAGAAGAACAGACAAGACAAGAGAGACUCUAGCCAUGGCGUCGGCUUCGAGUGCGAUCCUCUGGGCUGCUCUAUUUACGUUAGCCGUGCUCGUGUUUCAUGCGGAGGGGUUGAGAUUUGAUUUGAUCGGACCGCACGCCAAGUGUAUUGGAGAGGAGAUUCAGAAAAAUGUGUUGGUUGUUGGCGAUUAUCAGGUUAUCGGGGUAACCGGCGGUGAUCCUUCAGUAAACAAAGUCUCUGUUAAAGUAACGUCGCCGUAUGGCGAGCAGCUUCAUCUCCAAGAGAGUGUGGAAAGAGGGCAGUUUGGUUACACAACGAAGGAGUCGGGCAAUUAUGCGGUCUGUUUCUGGCAGCCGGAUUCACGCACCACAGCAACGCUCACGAUCGACCUUGAUUGGAAGCAAGGUGUAUUCGCGAAGGAUUGGGAACAAUUUGCGAAGAAGGAGAAACUUGAUACCCUUGAGCUGGAGCUGAGAAAGUUGGAAGAGCAAGCGCAAGCUAUCCACGAUGAAAUGCUAUACAUGAAGGAGAGGGAGUCUGAAAUGCGCGACUUAAACGAGUUGACCAACUCGAGGGUGGCCUGGUUUAGCAUCUCCUCAUUGUUUAUCUGCUUAGCUGUCGCGGGUUGGCAGCUGUAUCAUCUGAAGAGUUACUUUGAAAGGAAGAAGUUGCUGUAGAAGCUGGUAGGAGAGUGGCAGCAGCAGUUGAUUUGCCGUCUUCGUGUACUGCCAUUUUUAACUCAGUUAAAGCAUCCAGGCGUGUUGUGAAGGAGCAGGUAUGUGGGUCUGGGAUCAGCGGCUGGAGGGACAGGAGGCAGGAGGGGUCUGCUCCUUGAGCAGAUGUCAGGUCGGGAGGAGGGGUCAGCUUAGGAAGAACUACGGCCAUAAUUGACUCACGUGAUGCACUUUGGAAAUGCCACGGUUGGCCCGACAGCAUGCAGGGUCCGUGACGUUGCUCUCGUGUUGAGACUGAGGGAUCCAGUUGUUGAUUUUCAAUGUGUCUAGUGCACUGUUUAUCAUUUAUCUGUUGAGGGUCGCACCAAGUUGGGACUCCUGGGAGGAGGAGCAGAGGGGGAGGGGAGGGGGCAGCUUAAGGUUGGAAGAUGUUGUGGGUGGCCAGGAUCGGGGAAAUCUUGGCCUGAAAGCAGCAUGUCCUUUGGUCGCUCCAGGUCUGGUCAUUCAUGUAGAGGGGUAUGGGAAAUGACCUCCAUAUCUGUUUCUUUUUCAUGGGUGCAUGCUUCUGGUGGUUGCUGGCAGCGUGAUUUGAUGCAGUUAUCAGCUAGAAGCCUAGAAUUCAAUUGCAGUGGCGGGGUCUAAUCCAUUCAGGCCAUGUUUGGCGGAGCUAUGAGCGAUCCGAGAUGCCAUGGGAGCGUCAAGCCAUUGCUUUGGCGAUACGGGUGGAUGUUUGGCAGGUGGUUUGGAGAAGGAAAAGGUCUGCGGGAUAAGGGACCGGACUUAUGGGGAGUCCCGAGGGGUGCUGCUUGGAGAAGGAAAAGGUCGCAGCCCAGGAAUUAGUUUGUAUCAAGGCCAGGCAAGCAUGUGUGUUAUGCCAUCUUCUUUGGUGGGCAUGAGCUGUGUAUGAUUUUCUACCCAGUACUGCUGAGCUCUUCAGCGUUGAGCAGUAUUUCAUUCAGGAUGCGAGUGGCCGUGACAUAUCGUAGAUAGUCUUAUCUGCAUUUCAUUCAGGAUGGGAGUGGCCGUGACAUAUCGUGGAUAGUCUUACCUUUGACUGAUGCAGAUAUUUCUUCGUGGAGCUGCAUGGUGACGGCUUCAAUCACAGGGUCAUUAUUUGGGUUUACUGGUCAGGCAUGUCCUUUUUUAAAUUGGCAGUGGUGUUGAGGGUGUGCAAGGACUGUGCCUAGUUCAAAAGGAUUUAGAGACUUGCUUCACUGCGGGGUUUUGCACAGUGCCAAUUUUCUGUCUUUUGUGGUGGACUGCUUUCUGCCACAACUUGUUCGUUUCACAAAUUUGUUUGAAAGAGAUCCUUCAUUGAUGAAGUUGCUUUUGAAAGGUUUUACCUUUUCUCUCUUGGAUUCCAGAUGUUGCUCUUUUCU